AUGAAUUGUGGUUCGUCACGCAAGGAAGAAUGCAGUGAAGAAUGUGCUGUUGGCAAUACUGAAGAAGAAAUGGAAGAAUAUACUGAAAUUUUUGAACAUAUUGAAGAAUAUCGAUCCGAUUCAAAGAAAUCAGCAACCAAAAAAACAAAUAAAAAACAACAAGAAUCAUCAUCAGACACAGAUGAUGACACUGAUGACAGUGAUGAGAGUUCAAGUGAUUCAACAACAUCCGAUGGUGAAAGUGAUCCAAGUAGUGAAGACGAAGAAGAAGAAGAAGAAGAUGAUAAACAAUCAGCUAAAAAUAAAAAACCACAAUCAUCUUCGACAACAUCAGGAAAACAAUCAACAACUAGUUCAACACAUAAGAAUUAA